AUCACCUUUGAUAUUCGUCCGGAAGAUGAUAUUGAAGGUAAUAGAGACAUCUGGGUCGAUGUGCAGACGCCUCCAGUUCUACCAUUAUCUUAUUUUUGGAAGAGAUUUGAGGUGGUGUCCUACAUUUAGUAACUUGAAGACAUUGUUCCUGAAUGACUGGUGUGUGGCUAUUGACUUCCGUGCACUACUUUGCAUUCUCGAGCAUUCACUAGUUCUUGAGAAGCUCACUCUUCAACUAUGUAAGAGACAGGAAUUUAUAACUGUGCUGGCAGGUAACUGCUAUCCACUGGAAAAAUUACCUGCAAUAUCCGAACACCUUAAUGCUGUGGAAAUCAGAUGUAGAGAUAUUGAUGGGAGGGUUUGCAGGAUUUUAAAAUUCUUGAGUCGAUUUGUCAGUGUCACGCAGAUUAACAUCAAACUGACUGCGCAACUGUCCACAUGCUUCAGUUUCGAAACAUGGCUCUCGCCCUCCCUGGCAAAUGGUGAUGAUUAUUCAUGAAUGCGAGGCUAAAGUCUGGUCUUUUGUCUCUGCAAUGUUGCACUGUUUUCAAUCUUUGAAGAGGCCUAAUCUUAGGAACAGCGUGGAAUGAGCUGCACAACUUGUUUGACCUAUCUCAGCUAGGUGGAACCUGGUUUAUCAUAGUGAUCUGUAUCGUGUUCUUUUGUCUAGACUAGAAGCAUAUGUUCUGCUGUCUGCCUUUACUUUCAGUGUAGUUCCUUAGCCCAAGAACUGGUUAUAUCGCUGUAAUGUGUCAGAUGUUUACAUCU